AUGAAGUUAGCUCUGGUCCUUUCCCUCCUACAAUUUGGCGUCGUCAAGAGCGCUAAAGUGACUCCCAAGGUGCACCCGUUUUCAUUCCUGGGAACCGCAAAGCCGGGCAACAAUGCACGUACGACUUGCUUUUUGGUGGAAGGUGACACUCCUGUAACUUUUACUUGGCUCCGAAACGGCGUUGACGCGUCAACACUGAAGAAUGUUCACGUCCAGACCCAAACUGAUUUCUCCGUUCUGUCAAUCAAUCCUGUGGAUGCCAGCAGCUCGGGUAACUUCACGUGCAUUGCCAAAAACAGGGCCGGCUUCGACAGCUUCACGACAUACCUCGAUGUUGAAGCUUCACCAGAAUGGAAGCACGAACCACAAGACACUGGAGGAGCCCUCGGAACGGAGUUGACCUUACUCUGCUCUGCUGCUGGAUCGCCUCUUCCAAAGAUUCAGUGGUACAAACUGAAAACAAACAGUGAGCGCCAACUGAGCAAGAAGAUAGUUCGGCACCAGUCGGCAGCCCAUCCCAACGGCACCUUGGUGCUGUCGAAUCUCGACAUCAACGACAUGGGACAGUACAUGUGCGAGGCGGACAACGGCGUCGAGCCUUCCCUCAAGAAAACCAUCACAGUCAGAGUCAACGAAGUACCGGAAAUACGACCCUUUGCUUUCCCUCCAAACCUCCGUGUCGGCGAGAAAGCCCUCCUAACGUGUCACGUAACCUCGGGCAGUCAGCCGAUAACUUUCUCGUGGCUCAAGGACGGAAACACGAUGGCAGCAAACCAAGGAAUCCGUCUCAGAUCAGAGUCGGAGUAUUCGGUCAUGCUGAUGGAGUCCGUGCACCCGACUCACGUUGGUAAUUACACCUGCAUCGCCAAGAACAAGCAUGGCUUUGACAGCUUCACGGCAGUCCUCGAGGUUGAAUCGGCACCCACGUGGAAAGGAUUAGCGCGAGACAAGUCAGUCGACUGGAACAAGACGCUCCAACUGGACUGUCCUGCCGUCGGCUAUCCGCAGCCGAAAGUGAGCUUCAAGAAAAAAGCAGGCAAAAGUGAACAGGAAUGGGUAGACAUCACUGGACCUGGGCAUUAUACCAUUCACCGAAACGGAUCCCUCGUCAUUCAUCAAGUCGAGCUUGCCGACGCCGGCAGCUACUUGUGCGAAGCCCACAAUGGCGUACUACCAAAUGCCCGCCACGUUGUGAGGAUCACAGUCAACGGUGAGCGAAUAUCACAACACUGUCGGUUAUUUAGAUAUCCAGAAAUAUUGACAAGACAAAAUAAAACACGCUUUAUUCCGGAAACCUCAGCAACAGACCCUUGUUCCUGGUACAGGUCUUCAGAUAGCAAACCAACAUUUUAUUGUAUCACAAUUUUCUGA